AUGGUUCUUGAAGCGUCGUUUGCCGCUACUGCCUCAGUGCCAUGGAUCAUCCUGCUCGGUGGUCUCACAAGCCUGGUGCUCCUGUGGCAGGCCGGGCGGCUCCUGCACCAGCUGUGGUGGCAGCCUCGGCGUCUGGAGCGCGCGCUGCGUGCACAGGGCAUCCACGGCACGUCGUACCAAUUCCCCACCGGCGACCUCAAGGAAUACGGCCGACUGGCCAAGGAGGCCUGGUCUAAGCCCCUGCCGCUGCGUUGCCACGACAUCGCACAACGGGUCACGCCGUUUGUGCAUCAGCUUGUCCAGGAGCACGGGAAGACGAGCAUGUCUUGGUUUGGCCCCAGCCCCAAGGUGACCAUCGUCGAUCCUGAGCUGGCCAAGGACGUGCUGUCCAACAAGUUCGGCCACUUCGAGAAGCUCAAGUUCCCGGCGCUGUCCAAGAUGCUGGGCGACGGCGUGGCCAGCCACGAGGGUGAGAAGUGGGUCAAACACAGGAGGAUCCUCAAUCCUGCUUUCCAUCUUGAGAAGCUCAAGCGCAUGCUGCCAGCGUUCUCUGCGUGCUGCGAAGAGCUGGUAAGCAGAUGGGCGGAGUCCCUCGGCUCUGACGGUUCGUGCGAGCUGGAUGUUUGGCCUGAGCUGCAGAACCUCACUGGAGACGUCAUUUCUCGCACCGCGUUCAGCAGCAGCUACCAUGAAGGAAGAAGGAUUUUCCAGCUACAAGCGGAGCAAGCAUCGCUUGUCAUGACGAACAUUCGAAAGAUUAUGAUUCCUGGUUACAUGUCCUUGCCUACGGCAAACAACAGAAAGAUGCGCAGAAACAACAAAGAGGUUGAAUCAAUUCUGCGAGAUAUAAUUGGGAAAAGAAUUCAAGCAAUGAAACAAGGCGAGAGCACCAAAGAUGACUUACUGGGUCUAUUGCUGGAGACAAACAUGAAAGACACAGACGGGGAUAAUAGCCAAUCCACCGGCAUGGGGAUGACGAUCCAAGAUGUCAUCGAGGAGUGCAAGGUAUUCUAUUUCGCAGGAAUGGAGACCACGUCAGUGCUGCUCACAUGGACAAUGGUUGUACUCAGCAUGCACCCAGAGUGGCAGGACCGUGCGAGGGAGGAAGUCCUUGGCCUGUUUGGUAAAGACAAGCCCGAGUACGAAGGCCUAAGCCGCCUCAAAAUCGUCAAUAUGAUCCUUUACGAGGUUCUCCGAUUAUACCCGCCGGCCGUGGUGUUCAGCCGGAAAACCUACAAGGAGAUGAAGAUCGGAGACGUGUCGUUCCCAGCCGGUGCGUUCAUUGAGCUCCCUGUUCUAUUCAUGCACCAUGACCCUGACACCUGGGGAAACGACGUGCACGAUUUCAAGCCGGAGAGGUUCGCCGAGGGGAUUUCCAAGGCGUCCAACGGCUCGGGUGCGUUCCUUCCAUUCGGCUGGGGGCCUCGCAUAUGCAUCGGCCAAAACUUCGCGCUUCUCGAGGCCAAGAUGGCGCUGUGCAUGAUCCUUCAGCGAUUUGAGUUUGGGCUCGCGCUGUCGUAUACCCAUGCGCUGUAUACGGUGAUGACACUGCAUCCGAUGCACGGUGCACAGAUUAAGCUCAGGGCGAUCUGCUGA